AUGCAUGACAUUUCACGUGGGAAUUUGAGGGGGUGGGCAGAGCUGACAGUUACUGGAUGGAAGGCAAUCGUCGGUACUAUGAUGGAUGCAAAGCUGUUUUUGAGGUUCCUCAAUGACUGUGGUCGCAGAAGGCGCGUUAAUUACCGCGUUUGCAACUACAGUGGGGCACCUGCUGUGAAUUUUGGGCUACAACAAUUAAAGUCCAAACUUGAAGACGCUUCGCUUGCUGGGAGGCAUAAAGCGCUAAAUGAUCACUGGACGGAGCACGUAUCACAUGUUGAGAAACGCGUGGCUUCCUUGAAUCAAGAAUAUGAUAAAGUGAGGAAAAAGAAGCUGAGAUAUCUCAGUUGUGCAUAUCUCGGAGAGAAGAUCAAAACGGCACUCAAAGACGUAAUCGAAAUUCUUGACAAAUGUCCAAAUGAGAUUUUUGCUAAGGGGCCAAAGCGGGUCAUUAAGGAGCCUGGUGUUUCAUCAAUUGCUGAGUAUUCGACUCUUCAGAAUGCCUUCCAAAAGAUUCUGACGCUGCUACAAAAUGAUGGAGUAAAAUGCGUGGCACUUCAUGGACAAAAAGGGGUGGGGAAAACAACAAUAAUACAAAACAUAAAUAACCACUUUUAUGAUAACGAUAACAAAGUGUUUGAUAUUGUGAUUUUCAUCAAAUUGCCAUCUGAUAAGAAGACUGGAGACCUUCACAUUCUGCAGAAAAUUACAGAUCGAAUAAAGGUGAAUAAAGAAGAUGACAAACAUGAAGUUGACGAAGGUACAGUUGCUCAAAACAUACAGAGUGUGCUUGAGGACAAAAGAUAUUUGUUAAUUUUAGAUGGUGUAAGGAGCCCACCUGAUGGGAUUUGGGAAAAGUUGGAUAUUUCAGCACACAAAAAAAGUGGUAAGAUGGUAAUAACCACUUAUUUUCCUCUUGCUUUGAGUUCAAAACAUGUUGACAGUAAAGUCGUUCUCGAAAGGUUGCCCCCUGAAGAAGCACAAGCUAUGUUUCAAAACAUUUAUGGGGAGGCUUUACCACCACACGCUGAACAGCUAUGUGAUAGGUUCUGUUGUUGUCUUCCCCUCCUCAUAGCUCCUAUAGCAAAGUCUUUUGUAUAUCAGGAGUCUCCCCCUGAUUGGGAGAGGGUUUUGAAAGAAUGCACGCCUUGGCCUCAAAUUGAAGUUGAUGGUUUAGAAGAGUUAUACUCAAUCUUGCAAAUUUGCUAUCAACAGUUGGGUGAUCCUAGUGCACAAAAAUGCUUUCUUUAUGCUUCACUAUAUCCUGCAAACAGUAAGAUAAGCACAAAUUACUUUUUGGAGUGUUGUAUAGCUCAGGGCUUUCUUAGUGAUGUUGUUGCGGAUACUAAGUACAGUGAAAUUCGCGGCCAAGGUAUUAAAAAAUUGAAGCAGCUUGUUAAAGCGGCAUUUUUGGAGGAAGGGGAACAAAUGAGGUAUGUAAAAAUGAAUGAUAUCUAUAGGCAACUUGCCUUGCGUAUAUCAUUCAAUUAUUCAGAUUCGGAAUCUAAAAUGUACGUUGAUAAUGGGGAACAUAGGGAGACCUCUGGAUCAGCAUCACGGCAGGAUGCCAAAUGGGUUUCUAUGAUUGGCAGUAAAAGGGAUAGUCUACCCGCAAACCAAAGUUAUAGGAGUCUUCAGACACUGUUGCUACAAAAGAAUCUGGAAUUGGUUCAAAUCCCAUUAAAUGUUUUUCAGAGCAUGGGCAGUCUUCUUGUGUUAAACUUGUAUCGUACUAAAAUAAGUGAGUUGCCAUCUUUGUCAGGGUUAACCAAUCUUAAGGUGUUCUAUAUAAAUCGUUGUUCAGGCUUAAAAAUAUUUCCAAAUCAGAUCAAACCACUUAAACAUCUUGAGGUAUUUGACAUUCGAGAUACCAAGGUAGAUUUUGUGCCACCCUUGAACAGUUUGCGGUGCCUGAGAAUCUCAUACAUUGAAAGCAGUAAUUGUCUUGGACUUUCAAAGCUUCACGGAUUAGAAGAAUUGACCGUUGAAGUGACAUCCCUAGAGCGAUGGUGUGAGGAUGCUAAAAAUAUUAUAUCACAGGUUGCUUCUUUGAAAAACUUAACUUUCAAAUGCAACUUCCCCUUUUCAGAAAUUACCCUUACAAAAUUGCUAGGGACCAACGAGGCUCGCAUUGAUUGGGUGAGGGCUUUGAUUAAUUGUAAGCCUCCGCCUCAAGUUGGAGUUCGUGGUUUAUCCCCUACUAAAGCCAGGGAGAUGUUUCAAGACAUUGUUAAAGUUAAACAGGCCUUGCCACGAGACGGGGAGAGUUCGUCAAAUCUACCAAUAACGUCAUCUGCAAACCGGGCGGGCGGACUUGCUACAACUCUGCGUAACUUGUCUCUUGGAAGUGAUGUUAAGGCAUGA